AUGCCGGAUACCGAAAUCUCAUCAUCUGCUAUCAAUGCGGCUUCUUCGGAUUCUAAAGAAUCAGAAUCGACAAAGGAGUCGACGUCACCAAGCGCAGAUGUCAAUGAUGAAAGUGUAAAGGAGAAGAAAGAGGAGAAAGGAAAUGGAUUAAUUGAUAAUAUAGACAUAAGUAGAGAGGCACGUAAUCGCGUGAAAUUGUACGUCCUAUGUGACCAACGAGUCUGGGAUGAUCGUGGGACUGGUCAUGUGGCUUGUGUUCAGAUUCCUGAUCAACAAGGCUUUGUUAUAAUUGUCAGACUAGAAUCUGCGACAAGCGGAGCAGGUGACCUCAUUACAGAUAAAAAUGUGCUGGAGUCGAAAAUUCUCAUGGAUACCGUCUAUCAAAAGCAACAAGCCGGCCGCUGCAGAAUUGACGAAAUGAAAGGGUAA